CACGCCUGGCAGUCCAUUUUUGAACGUUCAUCGGGCAAUACUAACUGGGGAGGCAGGAAAAAGUGGCUGAUUGUGUGUGAAAGUUGCGGAAAUUCCGUGAAAAUCUUAGAGUGUGACUGAUUUCAGUAGGCGGAGGUGAAUCUUGAGAUAUCCUGGGACAUUCUGUGCGUGUUGGUCUGGGCGAAAAAGUACUACAAAGUGUGAUAGUGAGGCUCUGAAAAAUCCACGGUAGCGAUGUCAACUCCAGCCCGUCGACGACUCAUGAGAGAUUUUAAAAGACUCCAGGAAGAUCCCCCGACUGGAGUGUCCGGAGCGCCCACGGACAACAACAUCAUGAUCUGGAAUGCUGUGAUAUUCGGACCACAUGACACACCCUUUGAAGACGGCACGUUCAAGCUCACGAUAGAGUUCACAGAGGAGUACCCGAACAAGCCGCCCACUGUACGCUUUGUCUCCAAAAUGUUCCACCCAAAUGUCUACGCCGACGGGGGCAUCUGCCUGGACAUCUUGCAGAACAGAUGGAGCCCGACGUACGACGUGUCGGCCAUUCUCACUUCAAUACAGUCACUGCUUAGUGAUCCCAAUCCAAAUUCUCCGGCCAACUCAAUGGCAGCGCAGCUCUACAAAGAGAAUCGACGGGAGUACGAGAAGCGAGUGAAAGCUUGUGUAGAACAGAGCUUUAUCGAUUAGUCAUCGUCUGCAGAAGUCUCUAUAAUUCUCUGGUGGUUUUGCGUGGCUCACGGCGGAGGAUUUCGAGGCGCGUGCGGAGUCAGCUGGACUGGAGGUGUUUCGUUAAAUUAUGUAAUAAAAUGAUCCCUGCUUCCCCCAAAGUCCCUUCUGUUUUGUCCCCCAUGAUAUCUGUUGUCUCAGUAUCCCUACGAAGUGGAAAGUAAUAAAACAUUUAGAGUAAUCGCAACUCUUCUGGUCUACUGAUCGAAUGGAUGUCAUAAUAGAAUUUCUUGAUAACUCCUAGAGCAUUAUACAAGAUGAAUAUUAUAAUGGAAGGAUAAAAUAUUAAAUUAACUUUUAGAGUCGUGAAGAAUUGGAAAAUAAAGUAAAAUUACAAAAUAAA